AUGUCGAACCCAGAACAAGAUGCUACAGCGCAAGCGCCCACCAAUGGCGAUACCGUGCCCGAUACCAACGUACCGGCACCGGUCGAAUCCGCCCCCGUGAACGUUAAGCCCGAGUCUACUCCAUCUGCGAAGCCAAUUGAUCUCGAGCUACCUACAUCCGCCGCAGACGGCCUCAUCCAGAAGCCCUUCGCUAAGCCGCUGGACACAGCCAAGCCAACACCCCCCGCGGAGCUUACCCCGGACCAAAAAUCCAAGUACGAUACUUUGCUUAAGUCUGCUUUAUCAUGGACCACAGUCGCCACCAAGGCCGAGAAAAAUGCCCCGACGUCUCCCAUAACUGAGGAUGAGAGGAUGUGGUUGACCCGCGACUGUCUCCUGCGCUACCUACGCGCGACAAAGUGGAACGUCGCAGAGGCCGAGACACGGCUCCAGAGCACCCUCACAUGGCGCCGCGAGUAUGACUUGAAGAAAUUGACACCCGAGUAUAUUUCAAUUGAGAAUGAAACGGGCAAGCAGGUCCUUUUGGGCUAUGAUAUCCACGCCCGGCCAUGUCUGUAUCUUUUGCCUUCCAACCAGAAUACGGAGAAGAGUGACCGCCAGCUCGAACAUCUUGUCUUCAUGCUGGAGCGGGCCAUUGAUCUCACGGGACCUGGCCAAGACACUCUUUCCCUAAUUGUCAACUUUAAGGAGACAAAGUCUGGCCAAAACGCAAGCCUGGGUCAGGCCAAGCAGACGCUUGGCUUCUUGCAAAACCACUACCCCGAGAGACUUGGUCGGGCUCUGGUGAUCAACGUGCCGUUCGUCAUCUGGGGAUUCUUCAAACUGAUCACACCCUUGAUUGACCCCAAUACCCGACAGAAGCUCAAGUUCAAUGAAGACCUGCGUCAACACGUCCCACCUAGCCAUCUUAUGAAGUCUGUGGGUGGUGAUGUUGAAUUCCGCUACGACCAUGCAUCCUACUGGCCUACUUUGAACAAGCUGGCUGAACAGCGACGUGAGGCAUAUCGUGAGCGCUGGGUUCAGGGUGGCAAACAGGUUGGUGAGUUCGAGAACUACCUGAAGGGCGCAGACGUUCCCAGUCUGUCUCAGACUCAGGUUGAGGCCAAGGCUAGCGAACAAGCCUGA